CCAGCGACCAGCUUUUAGUCGUUCCGCAUAGCUCAGUGGGUUCAAGUCGGCUUCCUUUCUACUUUCGGCGGAGUCUGCGAAAAGUAACGGGUUUUUCUCUUUGCAAAUCGAAAUGCAAAGCAUGUGACUUUUGCAAAAAGAUUUUCGCUACUUUGUGAAAACCCGACCGAAAAACAAUCUCUGAGAUGAGCAACCAUCAAAGCAACGAAAUCGCGCCAGUGGCGCCUAAGCCACAGGACUUCAAAGCUCCCGUCUUUAAGGAUGACAAACUAGUGCUCUACUUUCAUCCGUACAACUUUUACUCCCAAAAAGUGCUGCUGGUGCUUUAUGAAAAAAAUAUUGAAUUUACUCCGUACAUGAUCGAUUUGUGCAAUGGAGAGCAAUAUUCCAAUUGGUUCCUAAAUCUAAAUCCCAAGGGAGACGUGCCAGUGCUGCAGGAUGGAAUACUUAUCAUACCCAACUCUCAGCACAUCAUCAACUAUGUGGAAACCAAAUAUCGUGGAGAGUCGCAUCCACUUCUCAAGCCAUACAAUCCAAAUUCUUUCGAAGCUGGUAAAGUGACAAUUUUCGAACGCGAAUUAGCUCGACUUCCAAUCGGUGCUCUAAGUCUGGGAUCCUUUAUCCAUGAUGAUCUGAAACUAGUGCCAAAAGCUCCGUUCAUUGGACCUGUGCGUCAAGCGUUGCUCAAGAACAACCACAAAAUUGUGGAACUCUUGCGCAGCCAGCUAAGCGAAUCGAUUGUUCAAAGUGCUGCCUUAAACCAGAAACUAAAUCUUCAAUUGCGACGCCGAGAGUUGGUUUCAUCACGUACCGAUUUCCAGCGUGUCCUUGAUGCGGUGCUUGAUCUACUGCUCAAAGUGGAGAAGCAAAUGGAAAAAGAUAAUAAGGAUGGUUGGCUAAUUGGAGAUGACUUUACACUGGCUGAUGUUGGCUUUGGAAUACUGCUGCAGCGUCUUUAUCAGUUGGGAUUCGAGAACUAUUAUUGGGCCCAUGGCAAGUUGCCAAGGGUGGAGCGUUACUUUAUGCGCUUCAGGCAACGAGCAUCGUACCUUAAGCUAAUCCCGAACAGCAAUUUCGAGAUACUCAAGGAAAUGUGGAGUAUGACGCCGACAAACUACAAAGUGGGAGCCACGGCCGGUUUCUUGGGUAUGGCGAUGUUCGCAGCCUUUGCGCACAAGUAGGUGGCAAAUGUUUGUUAAUUAUUGUUAUUGUUUUAUUUGUUAUUGUUAAAGUUGGGCACAUUGUAUAAACACGAAACGAAUAAGAACGCUUAAAGCUACUGCAUACGUAACAACAAUGCAAGAUAUGGACUGCAGAAGUCACAAGGAAGAGGCGAAAAGACAGAUUGCGAUAGAGCGGACAAAUUGCCCAAAUAAAGUACAUAUUCAUGAAGAACACACACUGUGCCAAGCCUCAAAAGUGCUCCUUAAUUUGAUUGUAGAACAUGUACAAGUAUACAUACUAUAUAUAUAUAUAAAACAAAA